UAUUCAGCUACAAUUAAAAGAAAAAAAGAAAAAAAUUGGUAUAAUUACAAUUUUUGGAAGAAAAUAUUCGAUUUAGUUUCAGUACUUAUCCUGCUUAGACUAUAUCAUACGCAUUAAUUUAGUUUAUUUUCUCCUUAUGUGUUAACAUAUUAUAUGUAUAUCAAAACCUUCAUAUAUAGAUGCAAAGAGACCAAAUCUGCAUAUAUAGAAGCAAAGAGACCAAAUCUGCAUAGCAAAUCAUUGUCUUAAAUGUUUUCAAUUUGUUUCUUAAUAUUGUGCAUUAUGAUUCAAUGUAAAUCCAGAUAUAUGUGUAUAUAAUUCUCUAUACCUGUGUGUCCCUGAACGGUCAACUCCUAAUUGUCAUUGUAUUUUUUAUCCCUUAUGAACACCGGGGACGAGUCACUCGCUCUUCAUCGCCGGAAAAUAUACGUCUCCUCCGUCGAACGUUCCAGUCACCAGAAAUCAAAAGGGUUCAAAGUCUCUGCGAGGAAGCUUGCGUCAAGGCUUCAGAAGCUUCCUCCUAAAGCUGACGGUGCAGAACGUUUUAGCUAUCAGGUUUGUGAUCAUUUGGUUUGGUUUAUGAGAUCUCUCAACGUUGAUUUUCUUUGCCUUUAAAAAAUGUUGCAGAUGGAGGGCAUAACUAAGUGGGACUUGGGAUCAUGCCGAACGUAUUACUCCGUUGAACCUUAUGAGAAGUUUCAAGAAGAAGAGAAUAUGGACGGUAGCCUUGUUCCUCGUCUUCAAGAUGAGCUAUGGAAGGCUCAAUCUAGAAUCAAAGAGCUUGAAACUGAGAAGAUUGGAUCAAAGGAAAAUGGUAUAAGAAACCAAAGGAUAAGCUGGGAAGAAAAUACUGAUUCACUUUUUGAUUACUUGAAGGAGAAGUUUAGCAAAGAAAGGGAAGAAAGGAAAAGAGCUAACGCUGAGAAUUCUAUGUUAAAGAAGAAGGUGUUGGAGAUGGAAUCAACAACAACUCGGCUGAGGAGAGAAAGAGACACACUAGAGAAGGUGUGCGAGGAACUGGUGACGAGGAUCGAUGAACUGAAGGUAGAAACAAGGAGGAUAUGGGAUGAGACGGAGGAGGAAAGGCAGAUGUUGCAAAUGGCUGAGAUGUGGAGGGAGGAAAGAGUUAGGGUUAAGUUGACGGAUGCUAAACUUUCCUUGCAAGAAAAGUAUGAAGAGAUGACUUGGUUUGUGGAUGAGUUAGAGAAAGGUUUGGAGAUGGUUAGAGAAGUAGGAGGAGUUGAGGUGAUGAUGAGGUUGAGAAGAGGUGAACUUUUGAUUAAGAAUGCAAGAUCUUUGGAAGAUGCAGCUAAUGAUAUAGAUUUUGAGAAAUUUAAGUUUGUGUCUGAUGAUGAUAAUUAAUGUUUAACCAAUGUUCUAUGAUGAUGGAAAUGGUGUUGACAUGGAUGAGAUUUAUGAAUCGAUAUAUCAAGCUUAAUAGGACCGUCUCACUCUCUAGUUAUCUGCUUCCAUGGCUGAGUUGAUGCGAGUGUGAUGAUAAUCACCACUUGGUUUGCUUGUUCCUCCAUCAUUCUUGCAGAACAUCAUCAUUCCAAACACAACCAACGUUUAUUAUUG